AUGCUCAACUGGAGGCUACUGGGGAUCCUGGUCCUUUGCCUGUUCGCUGGGGGCAUCUCGGGCAUCAGGGACCACCCUUCUCCCCAACCCACAGAAGCCAGCGAGGAGGAGAGCACCCCGACCCUGCCUCAGGGUCCCCCAAUCCCUGGUGAUCCCUGGCCAGGGGCACCCCCUCUCUUUGAAGACCCUCCACCUCCAGGCCCCAACCGUCCCUGGAGAGAUCUACCUGAAACUGGCCUCUGGCCCCCAGAGCCCCCCAGCACUGAGCCCCCUCAGCCUCCCCUGCCUGAUGACCCCUGGCCAGCAGGAGGACCCCAGCCCCCAGUAAACCCCUGGCCACCUGCCCCUGAGGUGGACCACGAGCCUCAGGAGGAGCCAGACCUUGACCCACCCCAGGAAGAGUAUAGAUGA